AUUUGCCGGCUAGUAGCGCACGCAGUUGUGGCUUCAUGGAACUAGGGAGGGAUAAUGAAUUAAACCAGAACGUACAUUGAUACAUUCAGUUUGCGGUCUGGUCUGUCAUAUUUAGGAAUUAACUAUUAGCCUAUUGAGUGCUUUUCCAUAGUGUUAUCUGUUUAUUGAGUAACAUUUUGUGAAGAUGUCUGUGGUAGGAUUCGACGUCGGUUUCCUGAACUGCUAUGUAGCGGUAGCUCGAGCCGGAGGAAUAGAAACUGUAGCCAAUGAAUACAGCGAUCGAUGUACACCGUAAGUUACAUUUAUAUUUGUGUGGUUUAUGCUGUUUGGUGUGACUUGUAAUUUUCAACCUGUUUGCCUCUAAAGUGAUUGAGAAAAUUGGAGGGAUGGGAACACAUUUUGUGGCCUUGGCAGCGCGACAGACAAGGGAGGUGCGCUAACAAGCUAGCAGGCUAACAUUAGCCUAGCCGAGCAGCGUUGCAACACCGAACGUGAAUGUUAUUGCUAGCUAGAGAGAUCAACCCAUGACUUGUAAAAACGAACAAUCGUUAUACUCUGUUAGCUAUUUUACCAAUUAAACGUUACGUCAUUUGACUUUUGAAGCCUUGACUUACAUUCCCCGCGUAACAUCUUGAGUGUUUUAGAAGACAAUGGGGGGGGGGGGGGGUCAUUGUUGUCCCCCUUUCAAGGGGUUCAUUUUUUAUUGAAGUAUGAAUGGACGCAUGAAUGCGACCGGGAAGAGGCCUGCAAUCUCUCUACAUCAGUGGACUUGUUCAUAGGAAUCAUGUGUAUUCUGCUCUGUAUUACCAGCCAGCUAAUAAAAGGCAUUUAGAUGGGCAAUUUAAUACUACUGCGUUAUCUUAACUAGCGCUGUUAUCUUAUUAUGGAGAGCCCCGUGAAAACUGACAAGCAUUUUACUGAUGUUUAUUCCGCUGUUAUACUUUCAGAGCAUGCGUGUCAUUUGGACCACGGAAUCGAUCUAUUGGUGCAGCUGCAAAAAGCCAGGUAUGUAUUGAUAAAGGACGCCCUCUACUUUAUUAUUUAUUUGACUGGUGACACAUUGAGGGUAUGAAUCUUCUAGCAAGUUCUAUGGUUUUCUGCUUAUGCAUAUAAUUAGGGAUUUCAUAUCCAGGCCAAUAUUUGAUUACCCGAUGGAACUAUUAAAAACAGAAAAGCAAAUCAUUAUGCAUUUAUGCCCUCAAAGGACCCCAAAUAAAACCAUGGGGUGAAUUUUGCCAGUCAUAUUUAUAUCUAAAGUAUUUGAUCAGGGAUUUCAGCUAUUCCAUAAUUUCUGAUUGCUCCUGCCUCAUUAGGUAACACAUCAAGUUACUUUUUAAUUUGAGAGAAUGAUUUAUAAUAACAUCAUGUUCUUUCCCCGCUAAUCCCAAAUCAGGUCGUCACAAACUGCAAGAACACAGUCCAAGGGUUCAAGAGAUUUCAUGGCCGGGCGUUUUCUGAUCCAUACAUCCAGCGUUUGAAAUCCAGCCUGGUUUACGACCUGGCACAGAUGCCUUCGGGUACCACUGGCAUCAAGGUAAGGAGAGAUAACAGUGAUGAUUAGUUCUGCUUAAAAGGGUGGGGAAUAUAUGAAUAUGCCUAAUGGAGAGAUGGGUCCCUUUGAGUGCCAGCCAGAUUAGUCAUCAUCCUUGUCUAAUCUGAAAUCAACAUAGAUAUUGGUUGUCUAUCUGUCUGUCUUUGCCGUAACAAUACUUCCAUGUGUUAUUCUGUAUUGUACUCUACCUGUGCGAACCCCAAAAUCAAUCAAGCAAUCAUUUACAAUGACAACUGGUGUCUGUGUGUCCUUUAGGUGAUGUACAUGGAGGAGGAGAAGGUGUUCAGCAUUGAGCAGGUCACUGCCAUGCUUCUGACCAAGAUGAAGGAGACAGCUGAGCAUGCACUGAAGAAACCUGUGGCUGACUGCGUUGUCUCUGUGAGUAUCAAUCUGCAGUGUGCUAGUGUGCACUGGGCGCUACACUUUACUAUAAAGACCAGGAAUUUGGUCAUAUGUAAAACUGAGUUUGGACUGUUAGACUAAAGACCGGAUAUGGAUUAUUUUUUUGGAAAUUGCGUUUCUAGGCCUGCUGGCUAAUCACAGCCUAUGUCGUCCUCCCCAGGUCCCCUGCUACUACACGGACGCAGAGAGGAGAUCAGUGGUGGACGCAGCACAGAUCGCUGGACUCAACUGUCUGAGGCUCAUGAAUGAGACAACUGCAGGUAUAGCGAGAGCUGUGUUGACCCCUAACAGUUACUGUAGCUAUUUAACUCAACCACACCUUAUUAUUUGAUAUUAAGGUGAUUUGCUGUUUCAAAAUAAAUAAUGAUUAUACUUAUCUUCCUUCCAGUGGCGUUGGCGUAUGGAAUCUACAAGCAGGACCUCCCUGCCCCAGAGGAGAAGCCCAGGAUUGUGGUGUUUGUAGACAUUGGACACUCUGGAUACCAGACCUCUGUCUGUGCCUUCAACAAGGGCAAGCUGAAGGUGGGUGUAUUUUUAUCAGGAGACAGAGGAGGCUAUGGGGGUCAUGCUGAUUCUACAAAAUAACAGUUUUUACUGAAAACUGAAAUGUCCACAGAGAAGUUACAGACAACCUCAAUAACCUCUUGGCUAAUAAACAAAACAAGUGCUCUAGGGCCCGGAGUUGUUCUGGUCAGGUCACAUGGCCUCAGGAAAAACUCCCGGUCCUCAUAAUUAGUUUUUGCUCAUAUUCAUAUUUUUUUUAAUAUCAUUUUAUUUUCCCUCAGAUCCUUGCGACGGCCUGCGACCCAGAGCUGGGUGGGAAGGACUUUGACGAGAUGCUGGUGAGACACUUCUGUGAGGAGUUUGGGAAGAAGUACAAGCUGGACGUGAAGACCAAGCCCAGGGCUCUGGUCAGGCUCUACCAGGAGUGUGAGAAACUCAAGAAGCUGAUGAGCGCCAACUCCUCAGACCUGCCCCUCAACAUCGAGUGCUUUAUGAACGACAUUGACGUCUCCGGAAAACUCAACAGGUAUAGUGUUUUGUAGACUAUGAGAUUUUUGCUAUCUCAACUGAGCACCUCAGAAUGCAUGGCGGUGGUCCUUGAUAUUAACAGGUCUUAGAUGAUCUAUUAGAUAUGAGUCAUUAUUUUUGUCUGUGAUGCAAUGACCAAAUGACGAAGUUAUGCUGAACAAAAAUAUAAAUGCAACAUGCAACAAUUUCAAAGAUGUUACUGAGUAACUGGUCAUAGGAGGGAAUCAGUCAAUAGAAAUACAUUAAUUAGGCCCUAGUCUAUGGAUUUCACAUGAAUGGGAAUACAGAUAUGCAUCUGUUGGUCACAGAUACCUUAAAAGACAUGGGCCUCGGGAUCUUGUCACGGUAUUUCUGUGCAUUCAAAUUGCUAUUGUCCAUAGCUUAUGCCUGCCCAUACCAUAACCCCACAGCCACCAUGGGGCCCUCUGUUCACAACGUUGACAUCAGCAAACCGUUCGCCAUACACAUGGUCUGCGGUUGUGAGUCCAGUUGGUUGUACUGCCAAAUUCUCUAAAACGACAUUGGAGGCGACUUAUGGUAGAGAAAUGAACAUUCAAUUCUCUGGCAAUAGCUCUGGUGGACAUUCCUGCCAAUUGCAUGCUCCCUCAAAACUUGAGACAUCUGUGGCAUUGUGUUGCGUGACAAAACUGCACAUUUUAAAGUGGCCUUUUAUUGUCCCCAGCACAAGGUGCACCUGUGUAAUGAUCAUGCUGUUUAAUCAGCUUCUUGAUAUGCCACACCUGUCAGGUGGAUGGAUUAUCUUGGCAAAGGAGAAAUGCUCACUAACAGGGAUGUAAACAAAUUUGUGCACAACAUUUGAGAGAAAUAAACUCUUUGUGCAUAUGGACAAUUUCGGGGAUCUUUUAUUUCAGCUCAUGAAACAUGAGACCAACACUUUACAUGUUGCGUUGAUAUUUUUGUUCAGUAUAGUGACACCUUUGUGGUCAUUGUGGUCCUUGAAAUCUAAUGGUUUUAUCACAGAGAAAUUACAUGUUGAUGAUGCAUACAUAUGUAGGAUCUUAUUUGACCAGUUUCUCACGGCAGGAAAAUAAUCUUGCAGCAACAUUUAUAAUUAAUGGACAUUUUUGCAGGGGUUGAUAUUUUGAUUUAGGGAAAAUCGAGUCUGACAUUUUUAAGAAGAAAUUACAAACUUUUUAGGAGCCUUUUUAAACCUUGAAUACACUACAAGUUUGCAUUUCCUGCUGUACAGGACAUUUCUUGCAACAGGGUGAUCAAAUUAAGAUCCUACAUCUGCAUCUGUAUUUUCUCUAAUUUUCUCUAGGGGUCAGUUUGAGGAGAUGUGUGCUGACGUUCUGGCCAGAGUGGAGGCACCACUGCACAACCUGAUGGAGCAAGCCAGUCAGUUUCGUAGGUUUGCAUAUAGCUUGCUUGAAUCUCAGAACAGAAUGUAUCUUUGUGUAUAAUAUUGAACAUUAUCUGUGUAGGGAUUGAGUAUUGUCUUUAUAGCAUUGAGUUAUGUCAGUGACUGUCAGUUCUGAUUGGUGCCUUCCUUCCUGGUUCCUGUCCAAUCAGAGCUUAAGGAGGAGGACAUCUAUGCGGUGGAAAUAGUGGGCGGGGCCUCCCGUAUCCCGUCUGUCAAAGAGAGGAUCAGCAAAUUCUUUGGGAAGGAGCUGAGCACCACCCUGAAUGCUGAUGAGGCUGUGGCCAGAGGAUGUGCCCUGCAGGUCUGAUGAUCGCUCUCUGUUUCCCCCCUUGAAAUGGCCUUUGCACAUCCAGGAUUUGCUUGCACAGCAAAUUAGAAAAGAAAAGUUAGCCUCCAAACGAUACUAUUAUAUGUGCAUUUUUGAGUAGUAAUGAUCGUGAUUCCAACAUUUAUAGAUAUAAUUCUUACCAGUAGGACCUAAUUCAUUUUUGUUGAUUUCUACUGGAGUAUGGUGAUGGAAUAAUGGUUUGCAUCCCUGCUAAGAAUAUCCCCCGUCUGCCUCCUCAGUGUGCAAUCCUGUCCCCUGCAUUCAAAGUGCGUGAGUUCUCCAUCACAGAUGUAGUUGCUUACCCCAUCUCUCUGAAAUGGAACUCUGCUGCAGAGGAAGGUUUGAGGUAAACUACAAUACAUAUCCUGGUUUCUAAUCACCUUGAUUUAUUUUGUUUGUGGGAUAGCUUCAUUGUAGUUAUUUUAGUGCUAACUAGACGGUUAUGCGUGUUGUCCAUUGUAGCGACUGCGAGGUAUUCCCAAAGAACCAUGCUGCACCGUUCUCCAAAGUGUUGACUUUUUACCGGAGGGAGCCUUUCUCUCUGGAAGCCUACUACAACACCCCCAAAGAGCUGCCGUACCCCGACCCCACCAUAGGUAUGGACACUGCAUUGAAUCCACUAUGAACCACGCACCUGUGGGUCCUGUUCUCUCUCUGCAAACAGUGUCUUCUAUAGAAACAUAGUCAGUCAUGCAUCCUAGCAGCAAUGGGCUGUGGACUACAGUUUGCAAUAUGAAACUUAUCAUUGACUUGCCCAUUUUGAUUUUUGUAUUUAAAAAAAUUAUAAUUGUUUUUGUCAAGUGUCUGUAAUGCAAGUUUCCCCCUAAGGGGACAAUGAAGUAUAGCCCAGUUUGUCAUCAGUAUUUCCUGUGAAAUGUAAAUUUCUGUGUGCCAUUACCACCUUAUUUCCUGUGUCCUCUCCUCCAGGUCAGUUUGUGAUCCAGAAGGUGGUACCCCAGGCGUCUGGGGAGAGCUCUAAGGUCAAGGUGAAGGUGAGGGUCAACAUCCACGGCAUCUUCAGCGUCUCCUCAGCCUCGCUGGUGGAGGUCCAGAAGACCGAGGAGGGAGAGGAGCCCAUGGACACAGAACAGCAGGCAACACCCGAGAAGGAGGAAGAGGUGAUUAUUAACAAUCAUAUUCAUUCAAAUUUUAUGUAGGAUUUUUUUACCAAAGUGUCUUAUUCAGUAUUCACUACACAGACAAUUACAGUUAACUUUGCACAUCAGAGUCCAUUGAAAGAUAGGUCUACAAAUGUGCUAUUAAACCAUACAAUCCUGAGGAAGAAGGGCAGUUAGGUACAGUACUAUAUUGUGAUAACGCUGCUAUCUGGAAGUAUUCAGACCCCUUCCCUUUUCCACAUAUUGUUACAUUACAGCCUUAUUCUAAAAUUGAUUAAAUUAUGUGUUUUUUUCUCAGCAAUCUACACACAAUAACCCAUAAUGACAAAGUGAAAACAGGUUUUUAGAAUUUUUUGCAAAUGUAUUAAUUAUAAAAAAACAUACCUUAUUUACGUAAGUAUUCAGACCCUUUGCUAUGAGACUCGAAAUUGAGCGCCGGUGCAUCCUGUUUCAAUUGAUCAUCCUUGAUGUUUCUACAACUUGAUUGGAGUCCACCUGUGGUAAAUUCAAUUGAUUGGACAUGAUUUGGAAAGGCACACACCUGUCUAUAUAAGGUCCCACAGAUGACAGUGCAUGUCAGAGCAAAAACCAAGCCAUGAGGUCGAAGGAAUUGUCCGUAGAGCUCCGAGACAGGAUUGUGUCGAGGCACAGAUCUGGGGAAGGGUACACAAACAUUUCUGCAGCUUUGAAGGUCCCUAAGAACACAGUGGCCUCCAUCAUUCUUAAAUGGAAGAACCACCAAGACUCUUCCUAGAGCUGGCCACCCGGCCAAACUGAGCAAUCGUGGAAGAAGGGUCUUGGUCAGGGAGGUGACCAUGAACCCAAUUGUCACUCUGACAGAGCUCCAGAGUUCCUCUGUGGAGAUGGGAGAACCUUCCAGAAGGACAACCAUCUCUGCAGCACUCCACCAAUCAGGCCUUUAUGGUAGAGUGGCCAGACGGAAACCACUCCUCAGUAAAAGGCACAUGACAGCCCGCUUGGAAUUUGCCAAAAGGCACCUAAAGGACUCGGACCAUGAGAAACAAGAUUCUCUGGUGUGAUAAAACCAAGAUUGAACUCUUUGGCCUGAAUGUCAAGCGUCAAGUCUGGAGGAAACCUGGCACCAUCCCUGCUCCAGAGUGCUCAGGACUUCAGGACAACGACCCUAAGCACACAGCCAAGACGACGCAGGAGUGGCUUCGGGACAAGUCUCUGAAUGUCCUUGAGUGGCCCAGCCAGAGUCCGGACUUGAACCCGAUCGAACAUCUCUGGAGAUACCUGAAAAUAGCUGUGCAGCAACGCUCCCCAUCCAACCUGACAAAGCUUAAGGCUCUGCAGAGAAGAAUGGGAGAAACUCCCCAAAAACAGGUGUGCCAAGCUUGUAGCGUCAUACCCAAGAAGACUCAAGGCUGUAAUCGCUGCCAAAGGUGCUUCAACAAAGUACUGAGUAAAGGGUCUGAAUACUUAUGUAAAUGUGAUGUUUCAGUUGUUUAUUUUUAAUAAAUGUGCAACAAUUUCUAAAAACCUGUUUUUGCUUUGGCAUUAUGGGGUAUUGUUUGUAGAUUGAUGGUGGGGGGGGAAACAAUUUAAUCCAUUUUAGAAAAAGGCUGUAACGUAACAAAAUGUGGAAAAAGUAAAGGGGUCUGAAUAGUUUCCGCCUGCGUUGUGUGUCUCUCCUAUCAUUGGCCAGAGAUGUGGUGUUAAUGAAAUGCCCUGCCCUCUCUGCAGGGCAAAAUGCAGACUGACCAGGAUGAGACGAAGGCCCAAGGAGAUGGACAGAACGAGGCAGAAGAGGAGAAGAAGACGUCAGAGAAUGAGGAGAUGGAGGUAACAGUGAAUAUUCCGUCUAUGUUGUGACACAUUUGACAUCUGUGAUCAUGACGUUUAUGGUAACAUUCUGCAUUCUGCACUUUCUGUCCUGGAGGACUGCAGUUUGAACAGAUUUAGACAAAAGCAAGCAGCCUGGACCCAGAUCUGUUUGUGUUGUCUUGCCAACGACCAGCUGACCAGACAGAACAAACUCAUCUAGGAGAAGGCUGAAAAACGCUUACCAGGAGUGAAGAGCACUACUUUAUGGAUAUUUAGUCUUAAUGAUGCUGUUUCCCUCUCGUCUCCCCCCAGACCUCCACAGAAGAGAGUAAGACAGAGAAGAAGUCUGACCAGCCUCCCCAGGCCAAGAAGCCCAAAGUCAAGACAAAAGUCCUGGAGCUUCCCAUCGAGAACAGCCCCCAGUGGGAGCUGGCCAUCGACAUGCUCAACCUCUUUGUAGAAAAUGAGGUAAUUCAAUCUAACAUCUAUGGAUUGUUUUGUUCGGUUGUUGCUAUCCUCUCUGUAUCUUUGGUGUCUUUAUCUCUCUGUCGUUCCGUAUUGUAUUCAUCCGGCUGCUUCUAUAUACAGUGGGGGGAAAAAGUAUUUAGUCAGCCACCAAUUGCGCAAGUUCUCCCACUUAAAAAGAUGAGAGAGGCCUGUAAUUUUCAUCAUAGGUACACGUCAACUAUGACAGACAAAUUGAGGGAAAAAAAAUCCAGAAAAUCACAUUGUAGGAUUUUUAAUGAAUUGAUUUGCAAAUUAUGGUGGAAAAUAAGUAUUUGGUCACCUACAAACAAGCAAGAUUUCUGGCUCUCACAGACCUGUAACUUCUUCUUUAAGAGGCUCCUCUGUCCUCCACUCGUUACCUGUAUUAAUGGCACCUGUUUGAACUUGUUAGCAGUAUAAAAGACACCUGAACCACACGGGGGGACCUAGUGAAUGACCUGCAGAGAGCUGGGACCAAAGUAACAAAGCCUACCAUCAGUAACACACUACGCCGCCAGGGACUCAAAUCCUGCAGUGCCAGACGUGUCCCCCUGCUUAAGCCAGUACAUGUCCAGGCCUGUCUGAAGUUUGCUAGAGUGCAUUUAGAUGAUCCAGAAGAGGAUUGGGAGAAUGUCAUAUGGUCAGAUGAAACCAAAAUAUAACUUUUUGGUAAAAACUCAACUCGUCGUGUUUGGAGGACAAAGAAUGCUGAGUUGCAUCCAAAGAACACCAUACCUACUGUGAAGCAUGGGGGUGGAAACAUCAUGCUUUGGGGCUGUUUUUCUGCAAAGGGACCAGGACGACUGAUCCGUGUAAUGGAAAGAAUGAAUGGGGCCAUGUAUCGUGAGAUUUUGAGUGAAAACCUCCUUCCAUCAGCAAGGGCAUUGAAGAUGAAACGUGGCUGGGUCUUUCAGCAUGACAAUGAUCCCAAACACACCGCCCAGGCAACGAAGGAGUGGCUUCGUAAGAAGCAUUUCAAGGUCCUGGAGUGGCCUAGCCAGUCUCCAGAUCUCAACCCCAUAGAAAAUCUUUGGAGGGAGUUGAAAGUCUGUUGCCCAGCGACAGCCCCAAAACAUCACUGCUCUAGAGGAGAUCUGCAUGGAGGAAUGGGCCAAAAUACCAGCAACAGUGUGUGAAAACCUUGUGAAGACUUACAGAAAACGUUUGACCUGUGUCAUUGCCAACAAAGGGUAUAUAACAAAGUAUUGAGAAACUUUUGUUAUUGACCAAAUACUUAUUUUCCACCAUAAUUUGCAAAUAAAUUCAUUAAAAAUCCUACAAUGUGAUUUUCUGGAUUUUUUUUUCUCAUUUUGUCUGUCAUAGUUGACGUGUACCUAUGAUGAAAAUUACAGGCCUCUCUCAUCUUUUUAAGUGGCAGAACUUGCACAAUUGGUGGCUGACUAAAUACUUUUUUUCCCCCACUGUACUUGUCUUUUACAUGUUUCUCUCUGUUUUGAGUAGUGCUUAAAGAGUGUUCUGUGGUAACUUGAAGUUGAUGAUUGAUUGUUUCCACAGGGUAAAAUGAUCAUGCAGGACAAGCUGGAGAAGGAGAGGAACGACGCUAAGAAUUACGUGGAGGAGUACGUGUACGACAUGAGGGACAAACUGCACGGCAGGCUGGAGAAAUGUGUCAGUGAAGCUGUGAGUACUGUGGCUUUUUCUGUGGCUUUCUGUGGUAAUUCCAACACUGUCUGAAAUUAGCUGCCCAUGAAACACAAACAGGUUUCUUAAAGGAUACUUUGGGAUUUUGGCAAUGAAGCCCUGUAACUACUUCCCCUAUUAUCAGAUGAACUCAUUUGAAGUAGAUAAACGGCUUCAUUGAGACAAUCCUGAAGUAUCCCAUUAACAACAAUAUAUAAAGGACUUUAUAAUACAGUCUAUCAGAAUUGUAUUCUCUGUGUAAUAUGUUUAAAUGUCAUCCAUUGCGUACCGUAUGUUAAUGAGAGUAUGUUGAAUUUGAUAGUUGUAGGAUGGGAUACCCUGACCUUAACUGUAUGUUAAUGCCUGUGUUUUGACUGUGUAGGAUCGGGACGUCCUGUCGUUACAACUGGAGGACACAGAGAACUGGCUGUAUGAAGAUGGAGAGGACCAGCCUAAACAACAGUACAUCGACAAACUGGUCCAGCUGAAGGUAAAGCACUGUCACUAUGGGCCAGUUUCCCAGACCCCUGAUUAAGCCUAGUCCCAGGUAAUGCUUUCAGUUUUAUACAUUAUAGUCGCGCCGGCAUGCAUUGGUUGAAGCUCAAUGUUCACUUCAAAUCUCCCUACCAUCAUAUCUAAGCCAAUAUGACACCGAUGUCGAUGGCAAUUCGCAAAUCAACAUGAUUGGAGGUACACAACACACUAAUGAGCCGUCCGGCCGUUAACAAGAACCACAUACCGGAUUUUUAACAGGGUCGUUAGCGAUUGAGUUUUCAGAGUAUUUUCUGUGCCUACCUAGCUCAAAUUCUAGACGUCGGAUUAAAAUGAGACUAUAGCGUCCGUAAAGUGACCAUUGGACUUUAAAAAUGUUGGAUUGUCUAAGUUUGGUGCAACUGUUUUUAUUUGUUAUAGUUUAUCGCUCUCACGUGCACAUUUCAAUCCGUUAACAACCAACGGUAUGCUACCUUUUUGUAGCAUUUCUGACAAUGCUAACAUAAUUUUCAGCCGAAUCUCAGAGUUCUAACGGGGUUGAGCAACUCUGUUGCUCGGCAACAACACAGCUGCUGCUGCCUGCAACAGGCUGCCAGUCAUAAGAAGUGGCUGAGAACAAAUCUAGGCUACUGUAGAUAACCAGCUAUAUGGUGGUAUUCAAGCUGAGGUUAAUCAACAAAUGCAAAACACAUAUUUUGAUUAGCUAGGUAGCUAGUCAACGUUACCUAGUCUGUUUGAGAAGGUUUGAAUGCUAAGCAACCGGCAUACACAUUGUUUGAAGUACAAUAAACCAACAUAGCUACUGUAGUAGGUCAAAGCUUUGGUAGAGCGGUGGUGGAGGAGGCAUUGUGGUGCUCAUGUGAAUUACCUUUCUUUUUCGGCUUCAGACCAAUGCCUACUUCUCACAGAAAAUGUUAGUUUUUGUUUUUAAUUGUCAUUAUGAGUUAAAGCCGUGUCAAGUCAAUUGUGUUUCAGCAAAUUUCUGUUACAUUUCGACAGUCAGAUGAAAGUAGCAUCACCAAAGUUUGAAAAAUGAGUUUCAUUGCUGUGAAAAUGCCUAGCUUGCUCCUCAGUCUAGUUCAACACAGUUGAAAUGGGUUGGAUUAUCCAGUGUGUCUGUUGUCUCCAGAAACUGGGCCAGCCUAUCCAGGAGAGGUACAUGGAGUCGGAGGAAAGACCCAGAGCCUUCGAUGAGAUGGGGAAACAGAUCCAGAUGUACAUGAAGAUCGUUGAAUCUUAUAAAACCAAGGUACUGCUGCCCUUAUAAAACCAAGGUACCGCUGCCCUUAUAAAACCAAGGUACUGCUGCCCUUAUAAAACCAAGGUACUGCUGCCCUUAUAAAACCAAGGUACUGCUGCCCUUAUAAAACCAAGGUACUGCUGCCCUUAUAAACCAAGGUACGCUGCCCUUAUAAACCCAAGGUACCGCUGCCCUUAUAAAACCAAGGUACCGCUGCCCUUAUAAAACCAAGGUACUGCUGCCCUUAUAAAACCAAGGUACCGCUGCCCUUAUAAAACCAAGGUACCGCUGCCCUUAUAAAACCAAGGUACCGCUGCCCUUAUAAAACCAAGGUACCGCUGCCCUUAUAAAACCAAGGUACUGCUGCCCUUAUAAAACCAAGGUACCGCUGCCCUUAUAAAACCAAGGUACCGCUGCCCUUAUAAAACCAAGGUACCGCUGCCCUUAUAAAACCAAGGUACCGCUGCCCCAGAGGUCUAGAAGUAAUGAUACAUUGGACUCAUAAUGCUCCACAGAACUACAACAAUAAUUCUAAGUCAUUGCAAAUGUCAGAAGUUGACAAUAGUUUCAUUUCAUGAAUGACCAAAUUUGUAGUGUAUUAUGCUACUAAAUGUAUGUAAUAUUUAUUAUUAUUAUUAUUACAUUUUGCUACAAUGGACUACAUCUUUAUUCUUUGCGUACCCCAGGAGGAGCAGGUAUGUCUUUAGUAGAAGUGUAGUAUAGUCAUUAAUUGUCUUACGUCAGACGGCUUCACUCCUACGUGACGUUCACCCCUCAGUGCAGUCAGAAUCGACACACUAUCUGACGUAAGACAAUGAGAAUACACUAGAGUAGUUAUGUUAAAAUGCAGUCCAGUUCGCCAACCUUAUCAUAUUGUUACUUCCUAUAGAUGUCUUCAUAUUCCAGUGUAGCAAGUUUUAAAAUAUUCAAAGCAAUUCUAAACCAUUGCAAAUAUCAGAAGCCGUAAAGUCAGUUAGUAGCUGCAUUUCAGAACCCGACCAAAUAUGUAUGUAAUAUGUAUGCUACAAUAGACUACAUCUUUAUUCUUUGCUUUGGGCUUGCAUUCAGUACAUAUUUGGUUUCAGGAGGCUGAUAUCAGAAGUUGUCUUUUAGUUGUAUUUCAGGAAUGACAAAAUGUGUCUGGUAUGUAUUAUGUACAGUGCAUUCGGGAAGUAUUCAGACCCCUUCACUUUUUCCACAUUUUGUUACGUUACAGCAUUAUUCUAAAAUGUAUUAAAUAAAUAAAAAGUCCUCAUCCAUCUGUACACAAUAACCCAUAAUGACAAAGCAAAAACAGAUUUUGUUGAAAUUUUUGCAAACGUAUAAAAAAUUUAAAAACAGAUUAACUUAUUUACAUUAGUAUUCAGACCCUUUGCUAUGAGACUCGAAAUUGAGCUCAGGUGCAUCCUGUUUCCAUUGAUCAUCCUUGAUGUUUCUACAACUUGAUUGGAGUUCAUCUGUGGUAAAUUCAAUUGAUUUGGAAAUUAUUUGGAAAGGCACACACCUGUCUAUAUAAGGUCCCACAGUUGACAGUGCAUGUCAGAGCAAAAACCAAGCAAUGAGGUCGAAGGAAUUAUCCGUAGCGCUCUGAGACAGGAUUUUGUCGAGGCACAUCUGGGGAAGGGUACCAAAAAAUAUCUGCAGCAUUGAAGGUCCCCAAGAAUACAGUGGCCUCCAUCCUUCUUAAAUGGAAGAAGUUUGGAACCACCAAGACUCUUCCUAGAGCUGACCGCCCAGCCAAACUGAGCAAUCAGGGGAGAAGGGCCUUGGUCAGGGAGGUGACCAAGAACCUGAUGAUCACUCUGACAGAGCUCCAGAGUUUCUCUGGUCUGAUGAAACCAAGAUUGAACUCUUUGGCCUGAAUACCAAGCGUCACGUCUGGAGGAAACCUGGCACCAUCCCUACGGUGAAGCAUGGUGGUGGUGGCAGCAUCAUGCUGUGGGGAUGUUUUUCAGCGGCAGGGACUGGGAGACUAGUCAGGAUCGAGGGAAAGAUGAACAGAGCAAAGUACAGAGAGAUCCUUGAUGAAAACCUGCUCCAGAGCACUCAGGACCUCAGACUGGGGAGAAGGUUCACCUUCCAACUGGACAAUGACCCUAAGCACACAGCCAACACAACGCAGGAGUGGCUUCGGGACAAGUCUCUGAAUGUCUUUGUGACCCAGCCAGAGCACGGACUUGAACCCGAUCUAACAUUUCUGGAGAGACCUGAAAAUAGCUGUGCAGCGACGCUCCCCAUCCAACCUGACAGAGCUUGAGAGGAUCUGCAGAUAAGAAUGGGAGAAACUCCCCAAAUACAGGUGUGCCAAGCUUGUAGCGUCAUACCCAAGAAGACUUGAGGCUGUAAUCACUGCCAAAGGUGCUUCAACAAAGUACUGAGUAAAGGGUCUGAAUAAUUAUGUUUAUGUCAUAUUUCCUUUUUUAUUUAUUUUUUACAUUUGCAAAAAUGUCUAAACCUGUUUUUGUUUUGUCAUUAUGGGGUUUUGUGUGUAGAUUGAUGAGGGGAAAAACAACUGUCAUCCAUUUUAGAAUAAGGCUGUAAAAGUCACUGUAUGUUAGACGGUUUGUUUGCUUGUCUUUCCAUCCCCCAGGAGGAGCAGUAUGACCAUCUGGACCAGGAAGAUAUCAACAAGGUGGAUAAGAUGGUGAAUGAAGCCAUGAUCUGGCUGAACAGCAAGAUGAACCAACAGAGUAAACUGAGCUUGACUGUGGAGCCUGCGGUUAGAGUCCGAGAGAUACAGGACAAGACUAAGGUGAGACUAACUACAGUACUGCUAACUAACUACAGUACUGCUAACUAACUACAGGACUGCUAACUAACUACAGUACUGCUAACUAACUACAGUACUGCUAACUAACUACAGUACUGCUAACUAACUACAGGACUGCUAACUAACUAUAGGACUGCUAACUAACUAUAGGACUGCUAACUAACUAUAGGACUGCUAACUAACUAUAGUACUGCUAACUAACUAUAGUACUGCUAACUAACUACAGGACUGCUAACUAACUACAGGACUGCUAACUAACUAUAGGACUGCUAACUAACUAUAGGACUGCUAACUAACUACAGUACUGCUAACUAACUACAGGACUGCUAACUAACUAUAGUACUGCUAACUAACUACAGGACUGCUAACUAACUAUAGGACUGCUAACUACUCUACUGCUAACUACCUACAGUACUGAUAACCAUAUUCCUCUACUGCUAACUACAGUACUGUUAACUACUCUACUGCUAACUAACUACAGUACUGAUAACUAACUAUAGGACUGUUUACUAACUACUCUAGUGCUAACCAAAUUCCUCCACUACUAACUACAGUACUGCCAACUAACUACAGUACUGCCAACUAACUACAGUACUGAUAACUUACUACUCAACUACUAACUACAGUACUGAUAACUACUCUACUGCUAACAAACUACAGUACUGCUAACCAAAUUCCUCCACUACUAACUACAGUACUGCCAACUAACUACAGUACUGCCAACUAAUUACGGUACUGCCAACUAACUACAGUACUGAUAACUUACUACUCUACUACUAACUACAGUACUGAUAACUACAGUACUGCUAACUACUCUACUGCUAACAAACCACAGUACUGCUAACCAAAUUCCUCUAAUACUAACUACUUUGCUACUAACUACAGUACUGCCAACUAACUACUCGACUACUACCUAACUACUAAUACUGUUAGUCAGAGAGAUACAGGGUAAAGCUAAGUUUAGAAUAGCUACAGUACUAACUGUUAGUCUGCUAUCAGGGUCAGAGCGAUGUUUGAUGCUUAUGAAUUCAACAUUUGUGUAAAUGUUACCCAACCAAGCUAGUUUACUGUGAAUAUUGCCUUUUGGUCAUGAAUAUCAUUCAACUACUGUAAAAUCCAUGCCAGCAUUCUGCUUAUCCAACUUAACAUUACUUGCACAUGGUCCCAUGAUAUGCUUGCACAGUUAUUCGUAACUUUCACUCUUCCCACUAUUUCAUCUCAAUAGGAGCUGUACUCUGCCUGCAACCCCAUCGUGACCAAGCCCAAGCCCAAGGUGGAGCUGCCUAAGGACGACAAGGCAGGGGAGCAGAAUGGACCAGUCAACGGUCAUGAGAAAGCCCCAGCAGAGGGCACCGAGGAGGGGCCUGCCGACAGCACAGGCAACCCCCCCCUCCACGGAACCUAGACCUGACAUGGACCUUGACUAAGCAGACAGACAGGCAGCAACCAGUGUCACCUCUCCCAGGGGCUGUGUCUUCAUCUGGAAAUAGUGUCUCCUUCCAUGUUUCCUUGUUGCCUUCCCCAUUCAGAUCUGAUAGGACUGGAUAGAUGAGUUCAACUAAAGCAUUAUGGCAAAUAAACAAAACUCUACCUGCAUGGUCCACCAAAAGGCAUGCUGGAUAUAUUAACUACAGUACUGUAGCACAUUGCUCAUGUUUUAUCUAUCUUGUCAGAUCUGUUGAGAUAAGGAGUGAAUCAACCUAGGCAGCAAGGGAAGGAGGCAAGGUGAUGGAUUGAGACGCAGCCCAGAGCUACUAGUGAAGUGUCAAUAACUAUUUGGCUUCGUCUGAAAUGGCACCCUAUUCACUAUAUAG